GACCGGGCAUGGUAUUGGUCUCACCGCACGUACUUUGUGAUUUCUACAAUUUGGUAGCUUCAAAGUAAUCACCAAGCCGCUCCAUCAAGACUUAACUCGUCAUGUCGCAGGCGAAAGCGCAUCCUGCCGCAGAUUUCAAACCUUCACUCCCACUUUCAAAUUGCCAGACUUCAUAUUGGUCCCGGACGACUGAAUCGUUCCGCUAUUUGCACCAUAAUUCCACCUCCGCCGUCCCUGAAUCUGUCCAAUACGUGAUCAUUGGAUCUGGUAUCUCUGGUGCGCUUUCAGCUUUCAAACUCGUCGAAGCAGGUGUUAGUCCAGCAGAAAUUCUCGUGCUGGAAGCUCGCGAAGCUGUUUCCGGAUCCAGUGGUCGAAAUGCUGGACACUGUCGACCUGAUGCCUUCAGAAGUUUUGCCGGAUAUGCGGCCGCGCACGGCAAGGAGCAAGCGUUGCAGAUUGUAGAAACCGAAAACCGCGUAUUGAAGGCGGUGGACGCUUUUGUAACAGAGAACGAGAUAGCCUGCGAAUUUCGGAUGAAAGCAACCUACGAUGUCAACUUCUCUGAAGAGGUCGCAGCAGAUGAAGCAAAGAAUAUCAAGCAGUACACAGAAGCCGGAGGUAGUAUGGAGGGUAUCCGAUACUACACGGACGAGGAAGCACGAGCAAAGACUGGCUUUGCGAACGCGAUCGAUGCGUAUGAAUGGCAAGCUGCAUCGAUCCAUCCUGCAAAGCUGACACACUGGCUACUGUCCAGUGUAAUUGGGGCAGGCGUCAAGUUCUGGACUCAUUGUCCAGCAACUGCCGUCAGUCUAGCAGAGGGAAACUCGUGGGUCGUUUCUACACCCCGAGGACAAGUACAUACGAGGAUUGUUAUCCAUGCGACAAACGCCUACGCAGGACUACUCUUACCACAGCUCUCUGGACCUCUAUUGACACCCGUCAAAGUGCAAGUACAGUCCUUCGAUCCGCCUAGCCAGCGAGCGGAAGGGGCUCAGAUCAAUGCAACGUACGCUUUGCGGUAUAGCAUGCAGUCUUUCUACGCAGCUAUUCAAACUGAGGACGCAUCAGUCGUGUUUUGCAUCGCCAGACCGAGCGGAAUCGGCGUAGAUGAGAGCUCGUACGAGCCCUCACUCGCAAAAGAAGCUUAUGCCAAAUUUGCAGAGCUUUUCCCCGAGGCAUCGCACGCGCGAAAGAUUGAAAACGGAGUGGACUUGGAGCAGGCAUGGACCGGCUUACUUGCAUUCACUCCCGACAAGGUGCCGUACGUUGGUGCGAUCCCUGAGCUCCCGGGACAGUACAUCUGUGCUGGUUUCAAUGGCCACGGAAUGGCCAACAUCUUCGCUUGUGCGCCAGGCAUGGUGAAGCUGAUAUUGGGCGGUACGUGGGAGGAAACUGCGCUUCCAGAAUGCUACCAGUACAGAACACCUGGGCAGAACGGGCGCGGAUGAAUAGCUUCCGCUUGGCGCCUCGGCCCGUCCCCGUCGCCAGCGCUAAGCUAUUUACGGAAGAUCAGGCUAAGCGAAGCCGCAAUGCCUGCAGAUUUACGUGCAGCCGCGAGAGAGGAGAGUGCGAUGCAAGAAUACAGCCCUGCAGCUGUUCCUUUAUUCCAGUAGUAUUAGAAGAUCGUUAGCAAUUCUCAAUUCAAG